GCUCAUAAGGUUCAGAUCAGCCUCCCGGGGCGGAAGAAAGAAGGCGGAAAAAAGGCGGUGAAGAAGACAAACAUCACCUCAGUGACGGCAAAGAAUCAAACAAACCUGAAAAAGUCUGUGAGUUCGGAGGAGUCGACCACGGAGAGGGAAAAGACGGACACGGAGGAGGAGGAGGAGGAGCCACAGAGUCGUCUUAAGGCUCUCGUCCGUCAAAUACCUGCACACCUUGAGAGGAAACCCAUCCCGCCCGAGUUCGACAUCGACUCGGAAAGCGCAGACGACUGCUACAUGUGUCCGGAGUACGCCAAGGAGAUAUUUGACUACCUGAGAGAGCGGGAGGAGAAGUUUGUUCUGAGUAACUACAUGCUCACACACUCCAGCCUGAACCCGGAGAUGAGGGCCAUCCUGGUGGACUGGCUGGUGGAAGUUCAGGAGAACUUUGAGCUGUACCAUGAGACCCUCUACCUGGCCGUCAAGAUGACCGACCAUUACCUGUCCAAGGCCUCCAUCCACCGAGAGAUGCUGCAGCUGGUGGGCUCCACUGCCAUGCUCAUAGCCUCCAAAUUUGAGGAGCGCAGCCCGCCCUGCGUCGACGACUUCCUCUACAUUUGCGAUGAUGCGUACAAAAGGGAGGAGCUUAUAUCCAUGGAGGCCAGCAUUCUUCAGACGCUGUCGUUCGACAUCAACAUUCCCAUCCCGUAUCGGUUCCUCAGACGCUAUGCCAAGUGUGUGAGCGCCAGCAUGGACACGCUGACUCUGGCUCGCUACUACUGUGAAAUGAGCCUGAUGGAGAUGGACCUGGUGUCAGAGAGGGGCUCCCUGCUGGCCUCAGCCUGCCUGCUGAUGGCGCUGGUUACUAAAGACCUGGGGGGCUGGUCCCCCAUCCUGCAGUUCCACUCUGGCUACCAGGCCUCAGAGGUGGCACCGGUCGUACGAAAACUACAUUUGAUGCUCCAAGCUCCGGCGGACGAUAAACUCCGAGCUGUCAGGAACAAAUACAGCCACAAGGUGUUUUUUGAAGUUGCGACCGUGCCACUGGUGGACAUCAGCGUUCUGGACAAGGCCUUAUCCUCCUAACAAAAUGCUAUAAAAAUAUUUAACACUCCCUUCACAAAAAAACAAUGUACAUAGUUUUUAAUGUCCUUGAUAUUUAUAAGUAGUCAAGUUUCUUCCAUUUUUGUAAAAUAGCUUUCAUUAAAAUGGGCAUUUAUCAUUAA